UCUCCUCGGUGGUAGCUCUGGGCGCAAGCAUCAUCUGUAACAAGAUCCCAGGCCUGGCUCCCAGACAGCGGGCAAUCUGCCAGAGCCGGCCCGACGCCAUCAUCGUCAUAGGAGAAGGCUCGCAAAUGGGCCUGGACGAGUGUCAGUUUCAAUUCCGCAAUGGCCGCUGGAACUGCUCGGCGCUGGGGGAGCGCACAGUCUUCGGAAAGGAGCUCAAAGUGGGGAGUCGGGAAGCAGCCUUCACAUAUGCCAUUAUUGCUGCUGGCGUGGCCCAUGCCAUCACAGCUGCCUGCACCCAGGGCAACCUGAGCGACUGUGGCUGCGACAAGGAGAAGCAAGGCCAGUACCACCGGGACGAGGGCUGGAAGUGGGGUGGCUGCUCUGCCGACAUCCGCUACGGCAUCGGCUUCGCCAAGGUCUUUGUGGAUGCCCGGGAGAUCAAGCAGAAUGCCCGGACUCUCAUGAACUUACACAAUAACGAGGCAGGCCGAAAGAUCCUGGAGGAGAACAUGAAGCUGGAGUGCAAAUGCCACGGCGUGUCCGGCUCAUGCACCACCAAGACGUGCUGGACCACACUGCCACAGUUUCGGGAGCUGGGCUACGUGCUCAAGGACAAGUACAAUGAGGCGGUGCACGUGGAGCCAGUGCGUGCCAGCCGUAACAAGCGGCCCACGUUCCUGAAGAUCAAGAAGCCCCUGUCCUACCGCAAGCCCAUGGAUACAGACCUGGUGUACAUUGAGAAGUCACCCAACUACUGUGAGGAGGACCCAGUUACAGGCAGCGUGGGUACGCAAGGCCGUGCCUGCAACAAGACAGCCCCCCAGGCCAGCGGCUGCGACCUCAUGUGCUGCGGGCGUGGCUACAACACCCACCAGUAUGCCCGCGUGUGGCAGUGCAACUGUAAGUUCCACUGGUGCUGCUACGUCAAGUGCAACACGUGCAGCGAGCGCACCGAGAUGUACACAUGCAAGUGAGCCCAAGGCCGCGCCACGCCCUGCCCUCCCGCGCAAGUACACAGCCAGGAGGACCGGACAAUUUUUCAAGCUGCACUCUCCCUGGCAGGCCACUGCCUAGAUUUCAACAGGGAAGUGCAUGAACAUUGAGGUUGUCUUUUCUGCUGAGGAGGGCACUCCUGCAGGGAUUCCUGCAGAUGCCUGUGGAAAAUCUCUCAGAGCCCUCUACUGUUCUGUUCCAUACCCAAUGCUGCUCCACCCUCCCUGAGACACAGCCCAGGUCCCUCCCCGCGGCUGAGCGAAGCUUUCCGCAACAGAACACUGAACCUUUGGGCUUCAUCAUAGCAAUAUUUAACAAUUUAUUCUGAUAAAAAAAUAAUAUUAAUUUAUUUAAUUAAAAAGAAUUCUUCCACCUCGUCAGGAUCCGUUUUCCGCAAUCCAAGUGGACUGCUUGCUUUCCUGGCAGGAUGAUAUUGUCCCUAGGACACGGAGCCGAAUAGAACUGUACAUAAGUAUUCUUUAUGCAGAUAUUUCUACUAGUUGAUUUUGCAAGUAACCCUGCCUUGCAGCACUAGCUGUUUAAGUACAAGAGCAGGCAUUCUUUAUACAUAUAUAGAUAUCUAUAUCACACAUUUAUAUUUUUUUUUGCUGUUUGCUGCUACUUAUCCAGAAAUUUAAGCUGGUUCCGAUUUGAGAUGUUUUUCCAGAAUGCGUCCCAUCGUUUGCCCUCCCUGGUUUAAGUUUAGCUAUUAGAAAAAUCCUGUUUGGAAUAGAGAGAGAGAGAGAGAGGAAAAAAAUAAUAAACUCCCAGCAGUUUCCAUCUUUUGGAAGGUGAGCCACUGGA